AUGAACGGCGAUUCAGAGAAACCAGUUUUAUUCUUUGACAUUGAUAAUUGCUUGUAUUCACGCAAUUACAAAGUCCUUGAGCUCAUGUCAAAUCUCAUCGACUCUUACUUCAAAACUCAUCUCGGCCUCUCGCCAGAAGAAGCUGAACGUCUUCACAAAGACUACUAUCAGCAAUAUGGUCAAGCCAUUGAAGGUCUCGUGCGCGAUUAUCAGAUUGAUGCCCUUGACUACAAUGCCAAAGUCGAUGACGCGCUUCCACUCGACGAUCUCAUCAAACCCAACCCUCAAUUGCGAAAGUUCCUUGAAGACAUUGAUACAUCAAAAGUCAGACUUUGGCUUUUGACUAAUGCUUAUGUCAAUCAUGGGAAAAGAGUCGUUAAGUUGUUGGGCGUCAAUGAUUUGUUCGAGGGUUUGACGUACUGCGAUUAUACACAGGUGCCAUUUGUUUGUAAACCACAAAAGGAAAUGUUUAUGAAGGCCAUGAGAGAAGCAGGAGUUUCUGAAAUUUCCAAGUGUUAUUUCGUCGCAGAUGAUUCGCAUAAGAACUGUGUUGGAGCACAAAAAGCUGGCUGGACAGCUGUUCAUUAUGUCGAAGACGGAUUUCCUUUGCCUGAUACACCAGCGUCGCAGCAUCAGAUCCGCAGUCUUGAAGAGCUGCGAUCGCUUUAUCCUGAGUUUUUUAAGAUUGGGUAG